AUUUCCUUAAAUCCUAAUAAAGAGAGAGAGUUAAGCGAUUGUUUUUUUGAAAAAUACCCUUAAGAUAUAUUUUCAAGCUUUGCUCUCUUUCUUUAACCAUCUUUUCAAUUUGGUUUUGUGUGUGAUUUAGUUUGCCAGUCAUGGUUAGGAUUUUCUUCAACAAAUUAUUACUAUUGUUCCUCAUGGUCUUCUUUUCGAAUGCCAUCUUUUUAUGCAAGGCACAGUGUUCUUUUAACUCCGAGUUUCCUCGCAAGAACUUUACCGCAUGCUCAAAUUUGCCUGUGUUAAAUUCAACCCUUUAUUGGAAUUACAAUAUAUCAUCUGGCAUGGUUGAGAUUGCUUUUAGGCAACCGGGCAUCGAUAUUUUCUCAACCUGGAUUUCAUGGGGCAUCAAUCCCACUUCAAUUGGUAUGAUUGACGCUCAAGUUUUUGUUGCACACACAAGAAAUGAUGGGAACCUAAUAGCCUAUACAUCUCCUAUAAGCAGUUAUAGAACCUCUCUUAAAGAAGGGGCUCUAAGUUUUCUUGUCUAUGACGUCUCAGCCAUGUAUGAAAAUAACUCAAUCACCAUCUUUGCCACCUUUCAGCUUCCUAGAGAAACCAUCAUGGUGGAUCAUGUGUGGCAAAAAGGUCCAAUGUAUAGGAAUAAUGUUCCUAAAAUUCAUAGUUUACUUAGACACGAGCUUCGCUCCUAUGGUACUUUGAAUUUUCUAUCAGGAAAUGUUAAACAAGGAAGAGGAGGAAAAUUAAUAGUAUUGAAGAGCUUUCAUGGAAUCAUGUGUAGCAUUAGCUGGGGUAUUAUGCUGCCUGUAGGAGUUCUUAUAGCAAGGUAUUUGAAGGUGUUCAAAACAACAGACCCGAUAUGGUUUAAGCUUCAUGUUGCAUGUCAAUCUUCCGGGUACAUUAUUGGUCUUGUUGGCUGGGCAACUGGACUCAACCUUGGUGCACAAUUAUCUGGAUUGAGGUAUAAAACUCAUGGAUGUAUUGGCAUUACUCUUUUUUGUCUCGCAACAAUUCAGGUGAUCGUUGGCCAUUCUAUUAGGCCGAAGGAGCGCAAGUACAGGAUUAUAUGGAGUAUAUUCCAUUUCUUCGUUGGUUAUGGAACAAUUACUUUGGGUAUCGUUAAUGUCUUUAUAGGGAUUCAAAUUUUGGAGCCAGGACAGAGGUGGAAAGCAACCUAUAUUGGCAUACUUGUAUUAUUGGGUUGUGUUACUGUGCUCCUGGAAACUCUUAGUACUUUUUAUUUGUAUUAUCAUGAAAAAAAUGAUAGCUAUACAAUGGAUGGAGCUACCCCAUUUAAACCUUAUUGAAAACAUGUAUUUAUAAAUUAAUAG